GUUCGGCCCCCCAGCCCCAGCCUGAUUGGCCCACGGUCCAGGAACGGGCGUUAGCCCCGGUCGGGCAAAGGCAAGAUGGCGUCCCUGGAUCGGGUGAAGGUGCUGGUCUUGGGAGACUCAGGUGUUGGGAAAUCUUCAUUAGUUCACCUUCUGUGCCAAAAUCAAGUGCUUGGAAACCCAUCGUGGACAGUGGGCUGCUCAGUAGAUGUCAGAGUUCAUGACUACAAAGAAGGAACUCCAGAAGAGAAGACCUACUAUAUAGAAUUAUGGGAUGUUGGCGGUUCUGUGGGCAGUGCCAGCAGUGUGAAAAGCACAAGAGCAGUAUUCUACAACUCUGUAAAUGGUAUUAUUUUAGUACAUGACUUAACAAAUAAAAAAUCAUCCCAAAACUUGUACCGUUGGUCAUUGGAAGCUCUCAACAGGGAUUUGGUGCCAACUGGGGUCUUGGUAACAAAUGGGGAUUAUGACCGGGAACAGUUUGCUGAUAACCAAAUCCCACUGUUAGUAAUAGGAACUAAAUUGGACCAGAUCCAUGAAACCAAGCGCCAUGAAGUUUUAACUAGGACUGCUUUCCUGGCUGAGGACUUCAUUGCAGAGGAAAUUAACUUGGACUGCACAAAUCCACGAUAUUUAGCUGCAGGUUCUUCCAAUGCUGUCAAGCUCAGUAGGUUUUUUGAUAAGGUCAUAGAGAAGAGAUACUUUUUAAAAGAAGGUAAUCAGAUUCCAGGCUUUUCUGAUCGAAAAAGAUUUGGAGGAGGAACAUUAAAGAGCCUUCAUUAUGACUGAAUUACACUCACCCUUUGGAAGAGUGAGCAAUCAGCGAAAGUUUUCCACAGUCGUCCUUUUACUCUGCUGAUUAUUAAUGUCUCGGCCUUUCAACAAAAUCAUCUUAAAAUGCUACCCGUCAGCCUCACCAUUUUAAUGGAAAGUGAAAGGAAGCGACAGUGUGGGAGGUCCAAACUUGUCCCCAUUUUCUCUGUUCCUCACCUUUCUGUCCCUGUUUAUAGGUUACAUAAAAGCCUUGUGGAUACAUGAGGAUGUUGUCAGAUGCCGUAAAUGAGCAGUGACAAAGUGGUGCAGAGAAAAUUUACUCUUGCUUAGAACUGGAGGAUUUUUAUAGGUCUGUAAUUUUCCCACACUCAUUGCUGAAGGCUUAAUUAAGUACUUCAAAAAUGUGUCUCUAUUGUUUUACCUUCUCGAGGGGAAAGGUUAUGUUAACCAGCCCUGAAUUGUCCACCCCAAAUAAUCUCUGUCAUUUUCAAAGAAGCAAAAUGGUGUUAUUUAAUUGUCUCCACCCUCAUCACACAUGAGAAUGCCUAAUAAUAGUAACCCUGUCUCCCCCUCCUCUCCUUUGCAAAUGGCUCAGUGGCUGGAAGAGGCGGACUAAUAGCUAGAGUUAAAUAUAAAUAGAUUAUUAAUACAUAGAGAACAGCAGUACCAGAAAAGAAGAAUUCUAUAAGAAAUUGACAGCCCACUAAAUCCUUCACUCAUCAGGCUACAGCUGUCUGCAUUUUCAUUGUUUUCUGUUUGGAUAUAGAUAGGGUAAAAUCGAAGACCUGUGCAAGAAUAGCAGAGAAAUUUCCUCCCCCUUUUUCCUGGGAGGGGAAUUGGGGGAGUCAUCCACAUAGUUCUCAGGAACCCCCAGCAGCCGCUCCCAGCAAUAAGACAGUUUGAUGCUAGGACCUGAGGCCGUGGUACUGCUUGGUCCCUGUAGUGCCAUGGACCAGCAGGGAUACCCCAUCAGUGCUCAGCAGCCUCCAGUGCUCUAGCCACUGAUGCCUGCGGGCCUCUAGGGCUACACCAAGCAAUGCUUAGGAGGUCGUGCAAUGCUAGGGAUGAAAUAUUCUCUGUGUCUACAAUGUAAUUUUGGAAAGAAGUAAAAAGGCGUACCACAGCAAAAUUUACAUGAAUUAUGGACUAGAAGUUUUAGAUUUCAUGACCCAUCAGGUUGGGAGGUGGGGUGGAGGAAUGGGUUUAUGUGCACAAUUGUUCAGUGUUACUUUUAUUUUAACCAUCUUAUUUUGCUUUUCUGACCUCUCUGCUCUCAUUCUUUUCAAUAUUUUAACCUGGUUUGCAAAAACAAAUUGACCGCCUCAUCCAAUGCACCUUUAUAUCCACAGUCUUUCUCUGGUUCUGCUGCUGAUUGUUAAAAUAAAAUAACAAAUAUACAGUUUUGCAUUCUCAU